UGUGGUUAUUUACUUAUACUCGUCUUUUUUCAUAUACUUUUUGUAUAGGCAUUGUUUUUGUAUAUUUUUAAAAAGAACAAUUUUAUUUGGUUUCAUUAACUAAAAAAAAAACUACAAAAAGUAAACAACGAUUGCAACGCCACUUAUAAUCGUGAUGAUUCAGCUUACAUAUUAGCUGUAACUGGCUGCAGUAAAAAUGUCAUCUUUUGCUUUGUUUUUAUCCACGUAUAAAAAAAUCAUUCCAUGUAUAUAUGUAUAUAUACAUUGAAUCUUCAAACAAUAAUAAUAAUAUUAUUAAUACCAAUCCACUGAAUCUUUCAAUAAUGAUGUUAGAUUGAUGUCAUGGUCUAUCAUAACGUUUACUGAUAUUAUUGCAAAUAAUAAGAACAAAUUCAAAUUUAUCAUUCAAAUGACUGAAAUGAUUUUUUUGUUUAAGUAUUAAUAUAUCUCAGUGUUAAAUUAGAAUGAAUUCUUAAUUUUUUUUAUAAAAAAAUUUUGAUAUAUUUCACUAACAUCUUGGGUAGAAAUGACUCCAAAAAAUACACUUUCCAAUGAACAAUUUGCUUUGAAAUGGAAUAAUCAUUCAAGCAAUUUAUCUUUAGGUUUUUUAUCAUAUUUAACGAAUAAAUAUUUAGUUGAUGUAACCCUUGCUGUUGAGGGACAACUAAUUCAAGCUCAUAAACUUGUUCUCUCUAUCUGUAGCCCAUACUUCCAAGAUAUUUUUAAGGAUAAUCCCUGCCAACAUCCAGUAGUGAUUCUGAGAGAUAUGAAAUAUACUGAAAUUGAUUCAUUAUUGAAAUUCAUGUAUCAAGGAGAAGUCAACAUCAAGCAUGAGGAGCUUGAAAAUUUUUUAAAAGUUGCUGAAGCUUUAAAAGUGAAAGGACUUACAAUAGAGAAUAAUAAAAACAAUGAAAAAGAUAACGAAACUAAAUUAGAAAAACAUUCUAAUGAAACUUUGGAGUCUAAGCAAGUUGAUAAGACAAGUCACUUAGAAUUGAUUCAAUGUGAACGUUCUUUAAAACGCCCUAAAAACUCCAUUCCUACGAGGGCUAAUAAAAAAACUAUAAAAUCUUCGUUUAGCAUAGACGAUGAAUCUUCACCACAAAUUUUAUUAGAAGUUGACGAUAAUAAUUUAGCCGAAGAUAGUAUUUCUUAUUCAAAGAAUAAUUUAAUUAAUAUAAAUGAGAAUUCGAUUAAAGCUGAACACAACGAUGAUUAUUCCCUAGAUUCGAUUCAACAAGUAAAUGAUCCCAAUGGAGAAAAUGAUCCUGAUAAGUCAAUACAACCUUCGAAUAGCACCGAACCUGUAGUAACUUACAGGCUGUCAACUCGAGGACGUCCACAAUUAGUUCAUAAAGGAUAUGUUUAUAAUCUGACAUCUCGUUCAGAAGUGCUGAACCGAUCACAUUAUCGAUGUGCAGAACAACAUCGAGGUUGUCGUGGUAAAUGUGCUGUAAUUGAAGAACAAUUCAUGCCAACAGGUGUUUAUGAUCAUAAUCAUGCACCAGGGUAUCAAUCUGAAAAAGAUUAUAAGAAAAAGAAGUAACUGAAAAUAAAUAAGUGUAAUUCUACUUCAUUUUUGUGAUUCAGAAAAGUUUUAAUUUUAAAAACAAUUAGUGUAAGAAUUUUACCAUUUCUUUUUGUUUAGGGGUUUUACACAUAUGUAAAUAUAUAUUUAUUCAAAUGAAAAUGUUGGAAAAUUUAAAAUACAUCCAAUCUAAUAAG